AUGGAUCAAGGCCAGCAAGGAGACCUGAACUGGCGCCUCAGUGCCCACCCUAUCACGCUACUUGUCUUCUUGAGCAUUCGAAUUGGUGCCCUUAUGAUCAUCCUCGUCUUCAUUCUGACGCUUCUCCUCCUCUCUGCCGACUUUUACUAUCUGAAAAAUAUCGCUGGACGCCGGUUGGUCGGCUUGCGCUGGUGGAACGAGGUCAACACGACCACUGGUGAUUCGCAUUGGGUAUUCGAGUCGUCUGACCCCAACCUCCGCACAAUCACGGCCACAGACAAGCGAUUCUUCUGGCUGAGUCUAUAUGUGACACCUGUUCUGUGGGUUGCAUUGGCCAUCCUGGCCAUUGUGAGAUUUGUUGGUGUGAUUUGGUUGAGCUUGAUUGUGAUUGCACUUAUCCUUACCAUCACAAACACUGUGGCGUUCUCCCGGUGUGACAAGUUCAGCCAAGCUUCAACUUUUGCCAAUCGAGCCUUGGGCGGUGGCAUUGUGAACAACCUUGCGGGUGGCCUGCUGGGCAGGGUUUUCCGGUGA